UCUACCUGCUCCCUGACUCCUGGAGAGCAGCUCUCACUGCAGAGCAGCAGCAGUGGAUCGGCCGGGUGCUGUUUUCCAGGGACAGCUCGGGGAGGCCACGGCUCAUCGGAGACCUGAACCUCUGGUGGUACCUUCCCCAGACCCGGCCGGUCUACAGUCAGCCUCCCGCGUCCCCCGACCCCUUCUUCACAUGUCGGCUGUUCCUGUGGAUGCCACACAGGAUCUGGCGUCUGCAGCUGACAUGCCCCCAGCCUUCAUGCACAGGGUCCAUGAUGAAGGCUGGGCUGUACAGGACCAUCCGGAGGGUCCUGGACAUCGACGGCUGGUAUCUCAUGGCCACUGAGUACCUAGAGUGCCGUCGAUGUAAGAAGAAGGUCGGAGGCUGGUCACAGGGCAUCAUCAGGCAGCUGCCCCACACCUACAGCUGCCAAUUUCCUGCUGUACUCACGUACAGGUUGUCCUGUGACCUGAGGGUGGUUGCACAGCUGAAGUCCCGCACUCUUGGCAACAGUGCCGCUCAGCUGUGCAACACCCUGCGGGAGACCCACGCUGACUCCUGGAUGCGGAGAGCGAUCCACUACCUCGGCGUGUGCGAGCAGUUCCUGGCCUUGUGCUCCGUGAGGGGGCCGUUUCCACCACCGCCCCAGAUGCCCCCUCUGCCGUCAGCCGAGUGGCUGCUGACGGUCUACGGCUACGACGUCCUGAUGCGGCUGGAGGAGUACAAGGCCAGGAUCACGUCCACCUUUGGAUCCAUCUUGAAGAUGGAUUCAACCAAGAAGGUGACGAAGAAGCUCGCAGGUAUCGCCUCGGACACGGCUGUGUGGGUUACCAACGUCGGUAACGAGCAUGGGCAGGUCCUCAUCAGUGUCCUCACCUCCUCAGAGGGCUCCGAGGGCCUGUCCUGCAUGGCGGCCGGAUUGAUGAGGCGAUACCAGCACGCCGGGGUAGCUCCCCCCCAGCUCAUCUACGUCGACCGUGACUGCUGCAGCCGAGACGGCGUGUCCAAGACAGCUGCCUUAUUUCCAGAGUGGGGAAAGCUGCUGGUGAGGCUGGACAUCUGGCACCUGAUGCGGCGCUUCGCAUCAGGUGUCACCACUGAGUCUCACCAGCUCUACCCCACUUUCAUGAGGCAGCUGUCUCAUUGCAUCUUCGAGGUGGACUCUGGAGAUGCCUGCCGUCUCGCUGAGGCCAAGCGGUCCGAGCUGGAUGGGAAGCACGGGAUGGUCGGCCUGACGGACGCCGAGGUGAUCCGGAGGAUCUCCAAGGAGGAGUGGAGGCUCCACUGUCGUCGGCGGACGCGUUGGGCCGAGGAGACCGCACUCCUCAUCAACGACCUCCUGGACACCUUCGGCGGUCCGGCCGGACGCGACACCCUGGACAUCCCGCUGCUCGACGCUCUCCGCAUCCAGGACAUCUGGAAGACGCAGAGACGCCACCUCAGCUGCAUUCAGGACCCACCGGGGGUGCAGCUGUACACCCAGACCGGCAGGCUGACAAAGGGCGGGGUCAGCCUGCCAGUUUAUCGCUGCGCCAGGGGCUCCACGUCCCUGGAGUCCUUCCACCUCCACCUCCACCGGUUCAUCCCAGGUAAAAGUGCCAGCGCCAAAUACUUCCAGGCGUUCCUGGUUGAUGGACUGGUGAGGUGGAAUGAGGACAGAGCAGCAGCAGCUGCACCUCCGGUUGCAGCUGAGGAGCAAGUGGCGUCUCUGCGCUCCUACUGUGGCCACCUCAAGCACAUCCUGAACCAGAAGAGCCAACGGGUGCUUGGCCUUCACAUGGUUCAGGACUUCACCAGGCCUGCUGCGUACACAGGUGAGCUCAUCGGGGUGGAGUACCUGUACCAGCAGACCGGACGUGUGCUUGAGGAUGUCAGUCUGGACCCUGACGCUCCGGACGAGGCUGCUGCCAUCCAGGCGCUGGAGGAGGCGGAUGAGGGGUUCGAGGACGACGUCGGGGACCCCACGGUCUUCGAGCCAGAGCCCCCCUCCGCCAUCACAGCGGCAGCAGCCCGGUCAGGUGAUCCAGCUGACGCACCCAGGUCUGAGCCAUCCUGUCCGGCCGCCCCUGACCAGGACGCCCCUCCUGAGGCCCCUGAAGGACCAACUCCGGCUGCCCCACACUCCUCCGACUCUGAGGAGGAGAUCCAGUGUGUCCUGAAGCUGGCCCAGGCCCUGGUGGAGAUCCGGAACCUUCAGGGGCUCUCUGACAGCAGGGUAGACAGGCUCAUUGCACUCUGGCAACGCCUGCCAGAGUGCGACAAGCGCCGAGUCGUCUACCCUGCCAGACACCAGGAGAGGCAGCCCACGGGGCGGUUCAAGGCAGCGAAGGGGAAGAACACCUCCUGUCCUGGAAAGGAGAGUCUCUAAAGCUGCCUGCUCGGACAGAACGCGGGCCCUGCAAACUGGCCCAGCGCCAGUCGCCUGGUCGAGGCCGUUUGCAGCCAGCUCUGCCGUCUCCACCCAGCCACAGCCCGUGUCGGUGGGGUCCCAAAGACCCGGUGGUCCCUGGU